AUGGGUUCGGAUUCGCAGUUCAUCAAAUACCCGGACCUCUCCCUUGCACAGCACAUUUUCUCUCUCGGAAUUGCCGCCCGGACCUCACAAACAACGUCUUUAAACUAUCUUCAAAAUGCAAUCAAGGAACACAAGAUGGCGCCUCUCUAUAGGCACCUAGCCCACCCCACCGAAGGCGUUCUCAACUCGAUCGGCGAAAGUACAGCACAAGCUGUGAAUACUCCGUUCAAGGCCCCUUCUCGGAGAGCCUCUCUCGUGUCCAGUAAUCUGCUGCCAUCCAAGAAGCUCCUGUCUUCGGGCAUCCUGCCUUGGGACGAGGCGCUCUAUGAGCAGCUCAAGGCCGACAAUGAUAAAGAGCUGGAAGAGUAUCAAAAAGAGGAAGAGGAGGCCGAAGAAAAGGCGGGUGAAACCGAGGUGCAAGCUGUUCGAAGUAAACGGGCCGAGUUUUGGGCUCGAAUUGGUGACAAGGCAACGAUCGCAGCAUAUGAGAAAGUGUUUGACAAGACUGGCCCUCUGGGGACCAAAAUCGACACUGUCCUUGCCAUCAUCCGGAUCGGCCUCUUCUUCAACGACAAGGCAUUUGUGAAAAAGCAGGUGGAACGCGCAGACAUCCUGGUGGAGAGUGGUGGUGACUGGGACCGAAGGAAUCGAUUAAAGGCGUACAAAGGCCUGCACCUCCUUACUGUUCGAUCCUACAACCUCGCUGCCCCUCUACUGCUCGACAGUCUCUCCACAUUCACCAGCUACGAACUCUGCAGUUACUCGUCCCUGGUCGUGUACGCCGUCCUUGCGGGGUCAUUAUCCCUUAAACGAGUCGAUUUCAAGGCGAAAGUCGUAGAUGCACCAGAGAUCAAGGCGAUCCUGGGAGAUGGCGAAGAGAAGGUACCGGGCGCGGAUGAAGAGAUGAAGGAUGUGUCUUCAUCAACUGCAGAACGCGCAUCCGGCCUGGUGAACCUGGCUACUUUAGGUUCUGGCUCGGCGGUAGAAUCGCAGACCGAGACACCCCUGGACUUUGCGUCUCUCGCAGGACUAGUCAACAGCUUGUACGGAGGCAACUACCGCAAUUUCUUCCUUGCUUUGGCUGCAGUGGAAGAGAACUUCUUGACGCAGGACCGGUAUCUGUAUGAGCACCGGGCGUGGUUUGUCCGCGAGAUGCGCCUUCGAGGCUAUCAGCAACUGCUGCAAUCCUACCGAGUGGUGGGCCUUGCUACGAUGGCGCAAGCAUUCGGGGUCAGUGUGGAUUUCUUGGACAAGGAUUUGGCCAAAUUCAUUGCGGGUGGUCGGGUGAGCUGCACCAUCGAUCGAGUGCAAGGGGUCAUUGAGACGACGCGUCCGGAUGACAAGAACAAACAGUACGCCGACGUCGUGAAGCAGGGGGAUGCCCUCAUCACGAAGCUGCAGAAAUAUGGCCAGGCUGUGAGAUUACGAGGAAGCGAGCGAGCCUAA